CAGGACCCUGCAUUCACUAUAUCUGGUCUCCUACAGUACACAAAACAUGGAAAUGCAAUUAUUUUAGUAAAUAUAAACUGCAAAAUACCUUUUCUCAUCAGCAGUAUAGAGCAGUCUUGUGACUUCUAUCGGUAUCCAGCUGAGCGCUGGUUAAAGCUUGUAGGAGGAGUUUUUAUUCUUCUCUGACUGUCCUAUGAGGCUGCAUAACCCCUGACCCUCUGUCUGGACAGUGCUGAUUGGCCCUCUUCUGAUCACAUGCACCCUCCCAAAGAAAAGAAAAACUCUCUAGCAAUACACACCAAACUGAGCAUGUGCAGAUGUCUCCACAUAGUAUGUCUUAUCAGGAAAUAAGAGG